GCUUCUUCCUCACUCCUCGCACUGAGAGCCGCAGCGCGCAGUCCGGCUCCUUCUGGAUCCUGUAAGCACAACUUGCGCCUCACGCACUUUUUUUUUCCUCCUGCGUUUACUUUUUUUCCCAUCCCAAUGAAUCCGGAUCGACAUUAACAGCCGUGCUGUUGCUCUUUAUCCCAGCCUCUGUUGGAGAAAGUCCACAUCACGCCGUCCUGGGAGAGUUGGAGGGACUUUUUAGAGGCCCUAUGUAAAGGCUGGUUCCUACCUCCACCCCCACAUCCAGGAGACCACUGAGGAGAAGACAUGAGUUUGGUGGAUGUGAGGAGGGCCGCAGGGUCCUUGACCCUGCCCCUGUCUGGCAAUGACCCCAAAGAGCACCACUUGGAUAGCAUGGGGGAAAGCAACCCAGAGUCGCAGCGAGGCAGGACCCUGUCGCCAGACCUGAGGCAGGAUUUCAACAUGAUGGAGCAGAAGAAGAGGGUCACCCACAUCCUGCAGAGUCCAGUGUUUAAAGAUGAGCUGGAGGGCCUGAUUCAGGACCAGAUGACGAAGGGCAACAACCCCUCAGGUCUCCUGGCACUGAGGCAGAUUGCUGACCUGGUCAUGGCCAGCACCGUGGGAGGAGCUGGCCCUUUGACUUCACCCAUCAGCUUUGGGAUGGUAACUCCAAUUAAUGACUUGUACAGCAUUGAGUCUCCUUCCUUUGCCAAAGGAGAGAAACAGAGCCGUUGCAAACUGGCCACCCUCUACAGGCUUGUUGAUCUCUUCAGCUGGGCUCGUUUUACAAGCUCCUACAUCACUGUGCGUGUCAACAAAGAACAGGAUCACAUCCUCAUCAGUCCACAGGGCCUGUCAUUCGCUGAGGUGACUGCAGCUAAUUUGGUGAAGGUGAACAUAGUUGGUGAAGUUGUGGACCAGGGCUCCACUGAUCUGGGCCUUGACCAAUUUGGAUUUGCCCCACAUGCUGCCAUUUACUCGAUGCGCCCCGAUGUUAAAUGCAUCAUCCAUAUACACAGCCCAGCUACAGCUGCUGUGUCCUCGAUGAAAUGUGGAAUCCUGCCCAUUUCCCAGGAGGCUUUGCUGCUGGGAGACGUGAGCUGCUUUGGUUACUAUGGCAGCCUUGAUAAUAAAGAGGAGAAGGUGGAGUUUCAGAAAGCUCUGGGCCCGACUGCCAAGGUGAUGCUUUUGAGAAACCAUGGACUGCUCGCUUUAGGAGAAACAGUGGAGGAAGCUUUUCAUUAUGUGUACCACUCGCAGCAAGCCUGUGACAUCCAGGUGAACUCUCUGAGGUGUUCAGGCAGUGUGGACGACCUUGUGCUCCUGGACAGAGAGACGUUUAAACCCCGCACCCAGGGAGUGGCUGCUGCCGGCGUGCUCAUUGACAAUGAGGUCAAGUGGAAGGUGGGCGAGGCUGAGUUCGAGUCCCUCAUGAGAAUGCUGGACAACCUGGGAUACAGAACAGGUUAUUCAUACCGGAACCCGAUUGUCCGUGAGAAGCCGCGUUCUAAGAACGAUGUGGAAAUCCCCGCCACGGUGUCAGCGAUGCCGCCAGAGGACAGUGAGCUGGGUUUACGCAGCCCCUUCAAGUUUAUGGCACAGAAACAGCAGAGGGAGAGAACCAGGUGGCUCACCUCACCCAACAGCUACCUGAAGGUCAAUGUUCCUGAACAGUCACCCAGCGGGGAUGUCAGCCCACGGACCAAAAUCAUGUGGAUGAAGUCGUCAGAACCAGGCAACAGCGUCGGGACCCCGAUAAAAAUUGAGGAUCCUAACCAGUUUGUCCCACUUAACACCAAUCCUACAGAGGUUCUGGACAAGAGGAACCGGAUAAAGGAACAGCACAGAGGUGAUCAGAUGACUCCAGGACCAAAAUCUCAAUUACUGGCAGGCAUUGUAGUGGACACCAAACCAGGACCGGCCUUCAUCGUUGAAGAUGAGGAGCUCACCCGCUCUCUUCCACCAAACCCUUUCAAUGAUCUCUCAGAAAAGGAGCUUGAGGAUUAUAAGAGCUUGGUUGAAAGAAAGCAGCAAGGCCAAGAAGAGGAUGAAGAUGCCACUGAUGCUGAAGAGAUGACAACAUUUGAUGGCUCUACUAUCUCCUUGUCACUUUCUCCUAUAAUGACACCAGCGAAACAAGACACAAUACCAAACGGAAAGGACCACUUGUCAGAGACGGAGGAGGAUCUGAGCAUCGAGGUAUCCAAGCUGAGUGUGAGCACUUCAGAAACGGUGGAAAUCUCCAUAACAACAAGGGAGAAAACGGGGGAGCCUCAGACCCCGGAGAGCCAGAGCAAGUCCCCCAAGAAAAAGAAAAAUAAGUUCCGUACUCCCUCGUUCUUGAAAAAAAGUAAGAAAAAGAAGGAGGAGAAGGCAAAAACAGAAGCUUGAGCGUGAGCAAAGAGUUUCAUUUGAGGGGGAAAAGCGUGAUAUGAAUUCCUUAUUUUUGCUGAGUUAAAGAGAAGUGAAAUAAGAGAAAUGGAGCUAUGACAAGAGAGCCUUCUGUAUGUUUUAACAAUCAUUCAAAGUUCUUUCGAUGAUCCUUCAAAGAUCUUUCUAUGUGUUGGGACUUUUUUCAACCUUAUGACUGACAACUGAGAACUUUAUAUGGAUGAAUCUGUUUAAAAAGGAAUGCCAGUGUUCCUGUGCCUCCAACCCAUAUUUUAAUGGGCCUUCAUGGGUAUAAUGAAGUAAUUCAUAUAAUGAAACAUCAAGUGGACCUUACAUUUUUGUGAUUUCUUUUCUUAUUAUUGCACAAGUUGUUGAAUGUAUUCAAAGUUAGAGGAUUUUUUAAAAAUGUUUAGGUAACAGUAGUUUAAGAGUGGCUGAAAAGUGUAAAGUUAUAUGAUGUUUAGCCAAACAGUAUAUGUGUUUGAGCUUUGAAUCUAUUCAUAGUUAUACUUGUAAUAAUAUAUGUGUGUUUAUAUAACAGUAUAGUGUUGGAUAGUAAAUGAUUUGAUAGUCUUUAUAUACUCUUACACUAAAAUACGCUGUGAUGAAUCAAACGGUAACAAUCCAUGUUCUUACAUGUUUGUGUCUUUUGCUGCUUUUAUGGUAUUUUUGACAAGGAACCAACUGUGACUAAUAGAGAAAGCUCUGCAAGUGAUUUUUAUGAGUUUGACUUUUACCAAUAGCUUUUUUAUUUUAUUUUGGGAUUGCAAUUAUGAAAGUGCCAUGGGUGAAUCACAGCAAGUAGAUUUUGAUGUCUUUUGUUUGCUUAGCUUGUCAUUUAAGGCAUCUGAGUAAUGAAAUCUCUUCUUCUUGCUCAAUGUUGGAGUUUUACAUGAAGGAUAAUGGAGGUUUGUGUAUUUCUAACCCAGUCAACAAUGUGAAUGGUGAAUUUCAACCCAAAGGGAGUUUCUUGUAAAUAGUAUUUUUUUUCUGAAGUUCCUUUGCUAUGAUAAACCAAAUAGCAACAAAUCUUUAAAAAGUGAGAGAACAAUCGAAUAUCCAUAUUCUAACACUCCCUGUAUUAUGCUGUUACUUUACUUACUAUAAAUAAGCUCCAUAAUUUGUGUUUACAUUUGUACUGCUAAUGUAUGCUUGUGUUUCUCUUCUUGUUUACAUUCCUCUUUGUUUAUUAGCAAGAUUUUUUUUUUUGCUAGACAAAAUAACACCUGUAAUAUGAAAUAAAACU